GGUGUGCCACCCCUACUUUUACAAUUCGAACAUUUUGUGCGCUAGCAAUACCGAAAAUAGGAUUCCAACUCCCAUAGAAGCGCCAAAACAACGGAAAACUCUAGUCGCUGCCGGAAAGCUUGCCACGUGCGUGUGUGCAAUUGCAAUUCAACUAGAAAGGAAUUAUUUGUUUGUUAUUCGGGGCAAAAAAUAUAAUUCAUAAGGCGUUUCACCACACGACUACAACACUACACGUACAACUGUCUCUGUCACGCGCAAGCCUUUCAGACUGCUGUUCGCAUCGUGUCGGUCGCUCUUUUGCUCUGUUCGUUCGGUCCGCCUGGCCAGCAUUGAUUGAAAUCGAGUCAAAAAAAAAAUAAUCGUCGCCGUAGUCUUCGUCGGGUCGCCGUUUACACGCGCCAGAGCCAGUGCCAGAGCUGCAAUAUUUCGAGACAAGGGACACAAAUUAUAAGCAAAGCAGAGCAAAUUCAAGUGGAGCGCAGCUCAGCCUUUGUGUUUCGUUUAUUUUCCAGCGAUUUUAGACACAAGUUCGGUUCCGUUUUCGACUCGAUAAAAGAAGAACAAAAGAAUCCGCGAACGAGCCAGAGCCACACAGACCAACCAAACACUCACACUCACACAACCAAACCAGAAAAUCAAAUUUCAAUCAGAAAAUGGCGUUAAAAAGAAUCAAUAAGGAACUGCAAGAUCUGGGCAGAGAUCCACCUGCACAAUGUUCAGCCGGACCAGUUGGAGACGAUUUGUUUCACUGGCAAGCUACAAUAAUGGGCCCGCCGGACAGCCCUUAUCAAGGAGGUGUAUUCUUCUUAACUAUACAUUUUCCAACAGACUAUCCCUUUAAGCCACCAAAAGUGGCUUUUACAACGCGCAUAUACCAUCCAAACAUCAACAGCAAUGGAUCGAUUUGUCUCGAUAUAUUAAGAUCUCAGUGGUCGCCAGCAUUAACUAUUUCAAAAGUCUUAUUAUCAAUUUGCUCUCUACUCUGUGAUCCCAAUCCAGACGAUCCGCUUGUUCCAGAGAUUGCCCGAAUAUAUAAAACCGAUCGGGAAAAAUAUAAUGAGCUGGCACGAGAGUGGACUAGAAAGUAUGCUAUGUGAUGCGUUCCAGAUUGCAGUCCAACAAAAACAAUAACAGCAACAACAACAGCAACAACAUCAGCAACAACAA